AAAGAGAGACACAUAGUCUAGCUCUAGGGAUAUGAUCAAUCUGUUCACUAAAUCAUAAGCUCCUUGAAAACAGAAACUGUUUCAAGUGCCGAGUAGGGCAUGGCACAUGCUCAGUGAUUAUUUGUUGAAUACAUAAAGAAAGGCAAAGAUGGAUGAAGAAAAGGAGAUAUAGUCGGGGUUGGGUAGGGUAUUAUUCCAUCAGGCUUUCCCAGAGUUUCAGUGAAAUACUCCAAACAUUCUAUACAAUUUGUUGCUUUUAUUCCAUCAUAUCCAAGCAAACUGCUGAUUUAAAACAAUGACUUUCCUGGUUUCUUCAUACUGGAAAUGAAGGAUAGAUGUUAUAUGAAUUUGACCACUAGUCAUUAUUUCCCUGUGUUGUGGAUUAUAUUGGCAUCUGGUUAAUACCUCGUGGUAGUUCAUGUGGAUUAGAUGAGCAGCAUCAGUCUCUGUGAAGGUGGGCAUAGGGUCCAAGACCCUCUGUAGCAGAGAAAGAAAACCGAUGAAUCAUAAAAGCAUCUGGCUUGCAGUCUGGUAAUAAAAACGGUAUUUUUUUUUAAUCUUUCAUACUCCUGUUGUUGCAUGUUUUGAAAACUGGCUCUUAGAUGUCCAGAACUGUAUCCAUUAUAUUCUUGAGGUUCAUAACACAUCCUCACAAUUGGCUCAUAUACUGACUCAAAUAUUGUUGACUUAUAAAAAUUCAGGUUUUGUCUUCUCCUGAGAAACUGAAGGAUCCAGCAACACUGGGUCUGUUUCCCUUCAGGGAAACCAUUAGCAGCUGCUCAGAGUGCUGUCCUUCUUUAUACUGAUCUCUGUUGUCUCCUGACAAAGAGGCUUCAUGUCAGUUGAUGUACAUCAUUGGGCAUGAACUGUUACUUUUAUAAUAAAAUGGAGAGAGCUGUUUUAUUGCAUCCACGCCAUCCAUUUACAUUACCUGCCUGGCAAGUGCCUUUUGAGUUUGAGAACUCUGCUCUGCUGGGCAACCCUUUUGACAUCCCUAAUAAUAGCUACCAUUCAUGGAGCCCUUAUUAUAUGCAAGCACAAAACUAACAAUUUUUGACCCAUUAUCUCUUUGAUCUCUAUAAAGCUCUAUGAGGUAAGUCCGAGCUGUCAUCUCCAUUUUACAAGCAUGGAAACUGAAGCUCACAGAGGCAGGUAAUUUGUGCAAGAUCACAAAACUUCUAAGUGGUGACACUGAGAUUCAAACUUUGAAUUCAAACCUUGGAUUCAAAGCCUAAAUCCAAAGUUAGAGUUUAAAUUAUUUUUUAAAAUUACGCUGCUUCCCAGCCAAUAAUCUUUUAAUAAUAGAAUUGCUGCUACCAUAUGGGGUUUCUCCCCCAGACGGUACCUCUUCCUGGUAUUCAAUGCCAACCUGGUGCUGUUGCUUUGUUGGAGAGGGAGGACAGGUGGUUCUGGGGUCACUAUGACUCUUAAUAAAUUACUGAUCCUGGCACUGGGGUGUGUGUUUGUUUGUGUGUGUGUGUGUGUGUGUGUGUGUGUGUGUAGCUGGGCUGUCCCAGCGCUAUCCACAGGGAAGCUCCUAUAAAGGGCUCCAUCUCUGGCCUCACAGCUAUCAGACCAUUGAGAUGUGGAAGCUGUUGCUGUGGAUUGGUGAGUGUGGCAAGUCCCAGCAGUGUCACUCAGUCCAGGAGGUGCCAGGCUUUAUGAGUUUGUCAUCUCUCUGGUGCCUGAGAGAGCAGCCUGAGACUCAGGGAGCCUAGAUUAGGUAGAGAUGGGAUGGGCCAUAGUUAACGGUCAGAGGUCAGAGGGACCCAGGGAGAAGUGGUCAGAGCAGUGGUUCUCAAACCUGGUGGCACAUUAGAAAUUUUAAAUGCCUGAGUUCCACCUUGGACCAGUUCUGUCAGAAUCUCUGCAUGACCAGCCAGGAUAUCAGCACUUCUUAAUUUGCAGCCAGGGUUGAGAACCACUGGCCUCGAGCUUUUUCUGGGACUUCUAACACUCGUCGUUGUCCCUGGGCAAAGCAUGAGCAUAUACACAUGUUUAUCAGAAAGAAAGGAACUCACAUCUAGCUUCACUGGUCCAACUUUAGAGACUAGUAAAUGAGUGAAUGGUGUGUGUGUCCCCAUUUGUGUGUCUGCAUCUGCAUAAGGUGCUGUGUUGGGCACCCUUGCUAAUCAGAGAGUGUGCUGUGGCAUGCAACUCUGGUGAGGGUAUGAAUCUCUGUGUGACUCCUCCCUUUGUUUCCCGCAGGGCUGGUUCUUGUGCUGAAACACCACGAUGGUGCUGCCCAUAAACUGGUGUGUUAUUUCACCAACUGGGCACACAGUCGGCCAGGCCCCGCCUCGAUCUUGCCCCAUGACCUGGACCCCUUUCUCUGCACCCACCUGAUAUUUGCCUUUGCCUCAAUGAACAACAAUCAGAUUGUUGCUAAGGAUCUCCAGGAUGAGGAAAUUCUCUACCCAGAGUUCAACAAACUAAAGGAGAGGAACAGAGAGCUGAAAACACUACUGUCCAUCGGUGGGUGGAACUUUGGCACCUCAAGAUUCACCACUAUGUUGUCCACAUUUGCCAACCGUGAAAAGUUUAUUGCUUCAGUUAUAUCCCUUCUGAGGACACAUGACUUUGAUGGUCUUGACCUUUUCUUCUUAUAUCCUGGACUAAGAGGCAGCCCCAUGCAUGACCGGUGGACUUUUCUCUUCUUAAUUGAAGAGCUCCUGUUUGCCUUCCGGAAAGAGGCACUGCUCACCAUGCGCCCAAGGCUGCUGCUGUCUGCUGCUGUUUCUGGGGUUCCACACAUCGUCCAAACAUCCUAUGAUGUGCGCUUUCUAGGAAGACUCCUGGAUUUCAUCAAUGUCUUGUCUUAUGACUUACAUGGAAGUUGGGAAAGGUUCACAGGACAUAAUAGCCCCCUGUUCUCUCUGCCUGAAGACCCCAAAUCUUCGGCAUAUGCUAUGAAUUAUUGGAGAAAGCUUGGGGCACCCUCAGAGAAGCUCAUCAUGGGGAUCCCCACCUAUGGACGUACCUUUCGCCUCCUCAAAGCCUCUAAGAAUGGGUUGCAGGCCAGAGCGAUCGGACCAGCAUCUCCAGGGAAGUACACCAAGCAAGAAGGCUUCUUGGCUUAUUUUGAGAUUUGUUCCUUUGUGUGGGGAGCGAAGAAGCACUGGAUUGAUUAUCAGUAUGUCCCAUAUGCCAACAAGGGGAAAGAAUGGGUUGGCUAUGACGAUGCCAUCAGCUUCAGUUACAAGGCAUGGUUUAUAAGACGAGAGCAUUUUGGGGGGGCCAUGGUGUGGACAUUGGACAUGGAUGACGUCAGGGGCACUUUCUGUGGCACUGGCCCUUUCCCCCUUGUCUACGUAUUAAAUGAUAUCCUGGUGCGGGCUGAGUUCAGUUCAACUUCUUUACCACAAUUUUGGCUGUCAUCUGCUGUGAAUUCUUCAAGCACUGACCCUGAAAGGCUGGCUGUGACCAAGGCAUGGACCACUGAUAGUAAGAUUUUGCCCCCAGGAGGAGAAGCUGGGGUCACCGAGAUCCAUGGAAAGUGUGAAAAUAUGACUAUGACCCCUAGAGAUACAAUUGUGACCCCUACAAAGGAAACUGUAUCCCUUGGAAAGCACACUGUAGCUCUAGGAGAGAAGACUGAGAUCACUGGGGCAACGACCAUGACUUCUGUGGGUCAUCAGUCCAUGAUCCCUGGAGAGAAGGCCCUGACCCCUGUGGGUCAUCAGUCUGAGCCCCCUGGAAAGACCCUGACCCCUGUGGGUCAUCAGUCUGUGACCACUGGACAGAAGACCCUGACCUCUGUGGGUUAUCAGUCUGUGACUCCUGGGGAAAAGACCCUGACCCCAGUGGGUCAUCAAUCUGUGACCUCUGUGAGUCAUCAGUCUGUGAACCCUGGAGGAAUGACUAUGAUCCCUGCCCAUGUUCAGACUGAGACCCUUAGACAGAAUACAAUGGCCCCUAGAAGGAAGGCUGUGGCCCGUGAAAAGGUGACUGUCCCCUCCAGAAACAUAUCAGUCACCCCUGAAGGGCAGACUAUGCCUUUAAGAGGGGAGAAUUUGACUUCUGAGGUGGGCACUCACCCCAGGAUGGGUAACUUGGGUCUUCAGAUGGAAGCUGAAAACAGGAUGAUGCUGUCCUCCAGCCCUGUCAUCCAGCUCCCGGAACACACUCCUCUAGUUUUUGACAACCGCUUUGUUCCCAUCUAUGGAAACCAUUCCUCUGUCAACUCAGUAACCCCUCAAACAAGUCCUCUUUCUCUAAAAAAAGAAAUCCCAGAAAACUCUCCUGUGGAUCAAGGAGCCUAGGCCCCGCUGGUGUCAGAAACCAAGGAAAACCCUUGUCUUUUCUUCCAAGUGACAUGUUGGAAGCCUCCUCAUCCCAGGGCAAAGCAGGCAUCAAAACCACAAUAGGCCAAUCUCUUCUCCAUUAAAUAAACUGUAAACACAAGAACCCA